CUCGCUCCUGAAUCUCAUUUUCGUGGAUAGAUUACUGCCAAUUCUAUUUGUACCUUGUAUUCUUUUGUCAGCUCUAUUUGGCGUUGAGAGGCUUGCUCCAAUGUCAUUAUCGUGGCCUUGGCAUUUUGUUUCUGUCUCUCCAACAGAGCAGCAGCAUCGUCGCGAACUCUUAAAUCUUCGCGGAUGUUAUGCACAAUGCUCCUUCUUACUUGUUGUUCUGCUUGUCCGAUUAUACAACGAAUAUUUCCGAGUGGCGGAGAAAUCAAAUGACUCCCGAGUCCGUCGUAGGCAAAGAUCAUGGUGGGAUCUGCCGCCCUUUACCACCUGGACAGAGACACGAAGGCAGUAUGCUAUUUGUAUUAUUUGGCUAGGGUGGCUGUUAAGCCUCUCUAUAUGGAAUUCCGGAAAUGACUAUCUCCAUCUUACCAAAGCUCUGGCACAUGUAGCUCUUUCUCAGCUACCAUUCCAAGUUCUCAUAUCUCCUCCCCUAUAUCUCGACACCUCAAAUCCAGCAUCACCGUCCACGAUGUCUAUCUUGACAUCUACCAUGCAACCAGCACUGACUCCGUAUCACCGCCUUUUCGGCAGAGUGGUUUUGUCACCCUUGCUAGCUGGGCAUGCCGCACUGUAUCUGAACUUUUUUGCACAGUCCAGCCACCCGGACUUUAGUUCCUUGCUCACGAAACGUCUUCAAGACACGGACGUUCAGUGGGGAUUUGGUGGCUUGACCCUGUUAAUCAUGAUCCUUCUCUUUGUUCGGCCCUUGCGUGCUGCCUUUUGGGUGCAGUUGUGGCCGACGUCUUCCCCUAAGGCUAGGAGAGAGGCAUUCUAUUAUGGACACAUAUCGUUGGUAGUACUGCUAUGCGUUGCUGCGUAUUAUCAUGUUGCUCAAGCACGGGUCUUCAUCAUUGAGGCAUUGGCGGCUUCUGUGGUUAACUCCGUAUGCGGCUGGGGCUUGAGAUAGGGGCACUCUGAUUAUUUCGCGCUUAUACGGCUUGGAUGCCUAGAAUAGUUUAAUGUAUAGAAUAGACUGCAGCCUAUUCGCCCGUAGUGGUUCUACAGACGCAGUUGUAUAGUGGAAUGUAGAGAACUCCACGAGCGACAAGCUAAUGAUACAUUGCUGGUGAAGAAAUGCAGCAUCUUGCCGUUUGGUGAAGACUCCGUCGACAGGAUCGAUGCCAUGGUAGAUUGUAU